AUGUCUAUCACACCUGGUUUGCUGUGUACGAUAGAAGUAACAACUCCUACAACUCCAACGACUACCGAAGAGGCCAAGAGUAACCAACCAACUAUAGCAACAUGGAUUUUGAUAGCAGUUUCGGCCGCUGGUGGCGCUAUCAUUAUCAUUCUGCUAGUGUCACUUUUCUGUGUAAUCAGGAAAACAAGCAGAAGAAAGAUAACACACCCAGAAGAUACGAUGGUUGUACCAAAAGAUAAAAAGGAAAAGUUGGAGGCCUAUCGUGGCUACUACACGUCUUUUAACGAAUCAAUUGACGAGUCAACAGCAGACUCUGUCGAGGAUACAGCAUUAUGAGGCAUCUGAAUCAUCAGUUCACAGUCGAGCAGACUUACAGAUGA